GUUGUUGUUGAACGUGAAGUGUGCAAUUGGACAGAAUUUGUUUAAAUGUGACGAAAAAAGAAGGACAACAACAACAGCAACUGAGAAGGCGAUCAAAUCGAUUUGAAAUCCGUCGCAAAACAAAAUUAUAAAGAUUAAAAAGUAUUUGUGCUGCGAUUAGGCAUAAAAGUGAAAAGCGUGCAAAAACAGAAGAAGAAACCCAAACCAAACCCCCACUCGAAGCAAAAACAAAAACAGCAAAAGACAGUGAAACACAAGUAGUUUUCCACUCGAACGACGACGCCAAUUGGCAGAAGUGAAAAAGCGUCUUCCCCGCGCGAAGAAAGAUUGCAACACUUUUGGCGUCCCCAAGCUCCGGGCCCAGGACGGCAGUACUGUCGAGAAACCUUGAAAAACCUCUACACAACACACACACUCUUACACAGCAUCCAUUAGGCACAGGAAAAGCCAUGAGUUCGCAGUAUUCCAAUGUGGAGAAUCUGUCGCCGCAGACGAUACGACAAGUGAUGAGGGAGCUGCAAGAGAUGGAGACCACACCGCCGGAGGGCAUUAAAGUGCUGAUAAACGAGAGCGAUGUCACCGAUAUACAGGCCUUGAUCGACGGACCAGCGGGCACCCCAUACGCCGUUGGCAUCUUCCGCGUCAAGCUGACACUGAGCAAAGACUUCCCUCAAACGCCGCCUAAGGCAUAUUUCCUCACUAAGAUCUUUCACCCAAAUGUGGCAGGCAACGGCGAGAUUUGCGUCAACACACUAAAGAAGGACUGGAAGCCGGACUUGGGCAUCAAGCACAUACUGCUCACCAUCAAAUGCCUGCUGAUUGUGCCCAAUCCAGAGUCGGCUCUUAACGAGGAGGCUGGCAAGAUGCUGCUCGAACGCUACGAUGACUACUCGCAGCGGGCGCGCAUGAUGACGGAGAUCCAUGCCCAGCCCGCCAAGUGUGGUGUCGGGGCUGCCAGCGAUGCCAAAGAUGAUGACGGACCCUCAACUAAGAAGCAUGCGGGCCUGGACAAGAAGCUACAGGACAAGAAGAAGGAGAAGUUGCUCAAGGAGAAGAAGCGUAUGCUGAAGAGGUUAUGAGAGGCAUAAGCGGAGUUCCAGCCACUACAGGAGCAGGAGAAACAGUAGCAGGAACACACGGGGAAAGCAGACGGAGGGAAGCAACGGAUAAGGCUUUGGUGGCCAACACGGGAGGGACAAACGAAUGACGGGAUAAGCAAUUAUUUAUUAGGGCGAUGAGUAAAGGCGCGCUAUGAAAUUUUACACUGAUCCGGUAACGAGGAGCAACCAAAAGCAGAGCUGAUGCAAUCAACCAGGGAAACCCCCGGAUACCAGCCAGGUGGGAAAAAGAACAGAAAUUAAGGAAAAGCUAAAACGAUAGAAAGAACCGCAACCACAACUCCAAAGAAAAAACAUCCAGUAACCACAUAAAAUUGCGUAUUUACGCGACACAUCGGCGGCGGGCCCCUCGAGUCCGGGGCCCUGCUGUCCGAAUCUAGAAUGUAGAUGGGGAAUCACGAAGAUAAACGGGACGACAGCGCCCAAUUAAUUUAUGUAGUCCUCUUUUUUUUAACAAUCACGCCCUAUCCUAGCAUAAUUUAUGUAAUUAGUUUAAACUAAAUGCAGAAGUGAAACAGUGUCAUCGCCCAAACCAGCAUCUCUCUAAAGCAUCACCAAACUCUACUUACAUACCCUUAAAAACCAGAUCAAGAUGAAGAUCAUUAAUCAUAUGCAUAUUAGAAGUUUAAUUUUGUAUUCGUGUCCUAGAGUGGUUAUUAUUUCCCCGAAUUUUAAUGAAUAUUUUUGAGUUUUUAACAUAUGACACAUUCGUACGUAUCAAUUUUUAUCAGCUGUUCUUAGCUUAAGAAAAAGGCAACCAUACAAAAAAAAAACAACAAAAUACAUAAAAU